CUCAUCCUGGCCCGGGACCACGGCGCCCUGCUGCCGCUCGCCCGCAGCUGCCUGCCCCCCGCCCGCGACGGCCGGCCCUGCCUGCUGGGCCGCUUCUGCGAGCGCCGACCGAUCGGACGCAACCUCAUCCGCAACCCCUGCGGCCAGGAAGGCCUCCGGAAAUGGAUGGUGCAGCACGGUGGGGACGGCUGGGUGGUGGAGGUAAACCGGUCAACGGUGCCUGGGGCCCCCUCUCAGACCUGCUUCGUGUCUUCCUUCAGCUGGUGUCGCAAAAAGCAGGUCUUGGACCUGGAAGAGGAGGGUUUGUGGCCAGAGCUGCUAGAUAGUGGCAAGAUUGAGAUUUGUGUCUCAGACUGGUGGGGAGCCCGACAUGACAGUGGCUGCAUGUACCGACUCCUUGUCCAGCUUCUAGAUGCCAACCAGACGGUCCUGGAUAAGUUCUCUGCCAUGCCCGUUCCCAUCCAGCAGUGGAACAACAACGUGUGCUUUCAGGUCACCCACGUGUUCUCCGACAUCAAGACGGGCGUCCGCUUUGUGUCCUUCGAACACUGGGGCCAGGACACGCAGUUCUGGGCCGGUCACUAUGGAGCCCGCGUGACCAACUCCAGCGUGGUCGUGCGGGCCCGUCUGUCUUAGCCGAGGGCUGGCCUUGCAACACGACCUGAUGCCUUCCGGAACCUGGGACCGUGGGCCAGGACCUCUCAUUAACCAAGGGCACCUGCCUGCUGGUGUCCUGGGGACUCCAGGGUCCAUUGGAGGGUGCUGCUGGGCCCUGAAAACUACUAGAAGAAAGUUCUACCAUCUCAUCUACCUACUGCUGUUGUAGGGCAGUCCUUCCCCUGUUGGGGUUGGGGGCGGGCGGGGGGGACGACACGGGUGAGCACCCAGGAACGCUGGUCCUGGAAAGGGCUCUUCGCCCUCACGCCCAAGGGCCUGAGUCAACCCCGGUCCCCGCUGCCCUUGGCUCCUUUUGUUUCUGCUUUGGGGGGCUUACUGAUCCCUUUGGGGAGCACCCCUUAUCUCUGAGGUAGAAUCUUGUCCUUAUGGCUGGGAAAAUUCCAGCCAUCUUGGGUGGCAAACUUAACCUCCCAAAGCUUCAGGGCUGGGACUGGGUCUCGCAGUUGGAAGUCGCUUGGCUCAAAAAAAGUUUGGAGAGCCUCAAGGACCCCGGAGACUGUGUGGUGUAUAAAAUUAUUUUUUACUUUGAAACGUUUCUCGAACAUUGGGAGAAUAAUAUAUCGGCAAUGGCUCUCUGCCAGUCACAGCUAAUAAAUUUCUUAUUUUGCCAGAGUGUC